UGGUGAUGUGUGGGAGCCUGUGAAACAAGCAGCUCGCACUGCUGCAGUGGAGGAGUAAAUGCGGAGCCCAACAGUGCUCCAGGUGAUCCACAGCAGCCCAGCCCGGCACACUGCUGCCUCCUCAGCCUUCCCUCUCCUCCUCCUCCUCCUCCUCCUCUUCCUCCUCCUUCUCCUCCUCCUCUUCCUCCUCCUCUUCUUCCUUCAUCUGUCUGCGCUUCAUUUCUCUGAGGGCUUUACAAAAAGAACAGAAAAACAGGAGAAACCCUGCUUUCCCCCUCUAUGUUCUCUGAUGUGAAGCACCUCUUCUCGGCUGGCCGCAGCUUCCCAGUCAUCGUGUGAUGACACACAGCAUAUGUGCUCCAAUGUCUCCGCAACAUAGGCUCGCUGCACGACCAAAAGUUUACACCUUGGUCCCGGUCUCGAAAGUUCAAUGAAGGCAGACAUCUUCCUCCGGCCAGGAACAUGAAGGGCUUAUCGGGCAGCCGCUCCCAACACCAAAUCCCUUUACCCCAUGGCCUUGACUAUGACCCCCAUGUGCAUGACCUCCAUGGGCACCAUGGCUCAGACUCCCGUCACUCCUCCUACCUGCUCAGUCCAACAGAGAGCUGCCCAAUGGACUUCCAACAUCGCUAUUCACCACGCAGUUCCAUCCAUUCCGACUGCAUGAUGAUGGCCCCGGUUAUGAUGCCUCCCGUCCCCGCGUCUGACCAUAUCUCCAGCAGCACCUUCCCCAGAAUGCACUACAGCUCUCAAUAUUAUGACUCCGCCACACGGGAUGACUGCGUCGCCAUCACAGCCUCUGCCACAUCACCGGCAGUCGCCGCAGCUGCAGCUGCGGCCGCCGCCUCCUCGCACCACGCCGGCACCAAGAGCAAUCGCCUACCUGCCAACCUGUUGGACCAGUUUGAGAAACAAAUGCCACUACACCGGGAUGGCUUCCACACAUUACAGUACCAGCGCACAUCCACUACCGCUGAGCAACGCAGCGAGAGUCCAGGCCGCAUCCGACACCUCGUUCAUUCUGUCCAGAAGCUCUUCACAAAAUCCCACUCCCUGGAGGGAUCGUCCAAGAUGAACGGCACAAAAGGCGACAUUGUAGGAGGUGGAGGAGCAGGGAGUUACUAUCAUCACGGCCAUCAGCCUAACAAACAUGGUAGCAAGAGGAGCAAAAGCAAAGAACGUAAGCAUCGCUCCGGCGGUUGGUGGAGCUCUGACGACAACCUGGAUAGCGACAGCACCUACCGCACUCCCAGUGUCAUGUCACGGCACCACGGAGAACACGUCACCCACUGUUACCCAGAUUCCAUACAUGGACACCACUUUGGAGACCUGUCACUCAAGACCUCCAAGAGUAACAACGAUGUUAAGUGCUCAGCGUGCGACAGCCUGGCCAUGGCGCCCGAAGGUAAAUUCAUGAAGAGGAGCUCCUGGUCUACACUGACAGUUAGCCAAGCUAAGGAGGCCUACAGAAAGUCAUCACUCAAUUUAGAGAAAACCAUGAUGCACCCAGACCUCAAGCCUUCACGAACCUGUCAUUAUCUGCAGGUACCUCAAGAUGAAUGGGGUGGAUACCCCGGCGAGAAGGAUGAGGAGAUCCCAUGUCGGCGGAUGAGGAGCAGUAGCUAUGUCAAGGCUAUGGGAGAGGUGGAUGAUGAUAGUGGCGAUUCUGAAAGCAGCCCCAAAACCUCCCCACAAAAAGGCAUUAGGCCGGAUGCUCUCAUCCUCAAGUCGGCCAUGCAGAGACCCCAUUUCGACUCCCAAAGCCCGGGGUACCGUUUGCAAACCAUGAGAGAUAUGCGGGCCCACCCGAGUGUUACGCUGGCUCCUGCCACCACCUUUCAUCAUCCGCCGCCCUUCCGCUCUCGCAACCAGAGCUACAUGCGCGCUGUCAGCACCCUCAGCCAGGCUAGCUGCGUCAGCCAGGUGAGUGAGACUGAGAUCAAUGGCCAGUUUGAGUCAGUUUGCGAGUCCGUUUUUAGUGAAGUAGAAUCCCAGGCUAUGGAGGCCUUGGACCUGCCGGGUUCGUUCCGCACUCGAAGCCACAGUUACCUCCGUGCAAUACAGGCUGGUUAUUCCCAAGAUGACGACUGCUUGCCUUCAAUGACAUCCUCCACUGUCACUUCAACUCUCAGAUCCACAACAGGCGCCCGUAGCUUAGCUGGGGGGCGUAGAGAGUACGGUAGGUCCGGGAUUCAGUUUCGCCUCCCUACUUCCUGCAGUGUGGACCGUGCUCAGCCACCACCAGCGGUCUCAUAUCCUCCUAGUUACAAGAAGACUCCCCCUCCUCCUGUGCCCCCACGUGCCACCACCAAGCCUCUUAUCUCUGUGACAGCCCAGAGCAGCACCGAGUCUACCCAAGAUGCCUACCAGGAGGGAAGGCAACCACGGGGCGGUCUAUGGACCACUGACAGCCUCGGACGUCCCAUCUACAGUUCCACAGACAGCUUGGAUAGCUCCAAGGCAGUCACGAUGGCCAUAGAGUCUGCGGCGGCCAAGAGGCACGCAUCUUUGGGCAGCCACACCUCCAUCCAGACAUGUGACAAAGCAGUGUUGGUAUCCAAGGCGGAGGAGUACCUCAAAACCCCUCGAUCCUCUAUCGGGAUACAGGUGGAAACUGUGACAGACUCCGAAACUGAAAGUAAAGGCCUUCCUCAAUUUCACUCAAUAGGUAUCCAGGUGGAGGAUCACAAACGGCGAGGGCGGAUCAAGCGUUCCAACAGUGUUACCACUGCAGUGCAAGCCGACAUGGAGCUGGAGGGCUUCCCCUCCAUGGAAGACAAGGGUCUGCAGUUUGGUGGGGCUUUUGGUCGGCACUCUGAACCCAGCACCCCCACGCAGUACGGGGCUAUCCGCACGGUGCGCACACAGGGCCUGUUUAGCUACAGGGAGGAUUACCGGGCCUCCAGCGGGCCUCCCAGCCCACAGCCUGAACCGUGGCUGGCUGAACCCAGCCUGGAGGCCACAGAGACGGGCCGAGUGUCUCCUCUACGCAGGGAUGGCGGCUGGUUCAUGCAGCUUCUUCACAAUGAAACCAAAAGGUUGGAGGGAUGGUGCAAAGACAUGGAGAGGGAGGCGGAAGAGCAUGACCUGUCGGAAGAGAUUCUCGGGAAAAUCCGGAGUGCGGUGGGGAGUGCUCAGCUGCUAAUGUCCCAAAAGUUUCAGCAAUUUUACUGGCUGUGUCAGCAAAAUCUGGACCCCAGCGCCAUGCCCAGACCCACUUCUCAGGACCUGGCUGGAUUCUGGGACCUCUUGCAGCUUUCCAUUGAUGACGUCACUGCCAAGUUUGAUGAGCUGCAACAGAUCAAGAACAACCAGUGGCAGAUGGUGGAGAGUCCGGAGAAGAAGGAGCGAAAGUGGAUUCCUGCCCUUACCAAGAGGCCUGCCAGGGGGCGUGGCGGCGUGAUGCGGGAACGAUCCCUGGACCUGCAGGACCGCCAGCGGCAGGAAGCCCGCAGACGGCUCAUGGCGGCCAAACGAGCAGCGUCAUUCAGACAGAACUCAGCCACCGAGCGGGCCGACAGCAUUGAGAUCUACAUCCCGGAAGCUCAGACCAGGCUUUGAGGUCCACGGAUUCAUGCUUGAUCUCCUGUUUGUUUGCCGUCUUCAGCCAACACCAGUUCGCAGCUGCCAUUUCUCACUUUCUGAUGUUGUAUGUUACACAACAUUUCAUUCAUGGGGGGAGGGGCUUGCUGGAAGAUUUCUACAACAAUAUGCAACCCUUCAGUUACCAUUAGCACAUGAGGACAUACUCCUCCUCUAAAUCACCAUUUAAUUCCUGUAUUCUUUCAUAUUAAAUAACCCUUUACCACAGAAACAUACUGUGUGGUAGCGAAGUUCAAAUCCCUAAAAUAACUUGGAUACAUUUUUUUUAGGGAAAUCAAGGAAAAUAAAACUCAUUAUCAUUUCUAUUUUCAUCCAUUUGACUUUAGAGUUCUAACGUCCCAUUUCAACUUUACAUACAAACUGUAUUUUUCGCUGCUGGAUGUGUUCCAAUUGCAAAACAAAUGUGUAUGAACUAAAAAGGUUUGAGGGUAAACAACAACAACAAAAAAAAAGUAUUUUGCGCCUUAUGAUAUUCAUGUUUGUAUUUCCAAGGGAAAUGUAGUUUAUGAAGCUCAUGUGAUAAUGUUGCAGUUGAACUGCAAAGGACACUUUUUUUUUUCCUUCAUGUCAUUCAUUUUGCCCCUAAGGCCUCUCAUAGUUCAAAUAUUGUGAUAAAUCUAACUGAUUUACAUUACAAUCUACAUUUAGUAUUGAUGCAUUGUUGGUUGAUUUGGGGAUGCUUCUACGCUGCAACAUUUAGUUCAGUUUGAACAAAAAAAAAAAAAAAGUCAUUCAGUCGUGAAAAGACAAGGCGCAAAUGACACGAACACCGGUCAGUUACUAUAGUAAAUGGUGCUGCUUUUUACUCUCCAACUCUUGUCCUUAAACCAGGCCUAUGUGCACAUAUACACACACGCGCGCGCACACACACACACACACACACACACACUCAAGGACUUUUUAAACAGAGAUUUAUCAACAUGGUGCCCCGUCCUCUGUCUCUGCGGUGAUGUGUGUUCGAUUGUGACUUUAGAAAGGAUCAUCUUUGCAAUGCUCUUGGCCCUCGCUCCUUAGUUGACUUUAACAUAGCAGCUUUACAAUCAUGUGCAUGCUACACUGGGUUCUCACAAGGAGAGUUGUGUCUGUGUUGUUGCCGUGGCGACUGCAGAUCAAUGUACAUAGGUGGACCAGCCAGGAACACUUACAUGCACCACGUUGGCUGAAGUGCAUAGCAUCACAAAUUUAGGGCUAAGCCUGCAAGCAAAAGCAGAACAGUUAUUCCUUAAUGUUCCUUUAAUGUAGGGGGUGUCCAAUUUUUUUUUCAAAACUUAAAAGAUGCAAGGAGCCACUUUCAGGUUUUUAUAUAUUUUUUAAAAUUCGGUAAAAAUGCUAAAAAAAAGUAUAUAUAUAUAUAUAUAUAUAUAUAUAUAUAUAUAUAUAUAUAUAUAUAUAUAUAUAUAUACACACACACACACACACAGUCAUGGAUAAAAUUAUUAAACCACUCUCAUUUCUUCAGUUUCUUGUUCAUUUUAAUGCCUGAUACGACUAAAGACAAAUAUAAAAGUGACAACAAAAAUACCUCAUAAGAGUUACAUUUUUUGCCAGUACAAUGCUAUAGCUAUUCAUGUAAGAACUUACGUGAUUUUGGUUAUUAUCAAGAAAACCAUAGAAGUUGCUAGAUAUCAGCUCUUAAAUUAAACUCUGAUAUUUGUUAUCAUCAUUACAUUUGUCCAAAAAAAUGUACCUUUAGUUGUACCAGGCAUAUAUAUAUAUAUAUAUAUAUAUAUAUAUAUAUAUAUAUAUAUAUAUAUACUGUUUAUUUAAAGACAAAGCUUUGUAUUUAUUAUUUUUUUCAGAUUUUUCUCUACUUUUCGCUGUCUUUUUCCCAUUUUACUGUUUUUAAAAUUUUAUUUCUGCAAAAAAAACAAACCAUGAGCCACAAAUGUCCCCUGGGGCCACACUUUGGACACCCCUGCUUUAAUGUCAUUUAUACAGUUUGGGUUUUUUCCUGCUUUGGCAAAGCAAAAUAUCACUAAUAUUUUUAAAACAUGCCCCGCCCCCCCCAAUAAUCAAUAAUCUAGUGAGGACAAGCGGUACAGAAAAUGGAUGGCUAGAUGGAUAAAUGAGGAUGGAGUUAAAGAAACCGUAUGUUAAAAAAAACAACAACAACAACAAAACAGCAAUUUUCACGAUCAUAGGGAGGCUACACUCAUUUGUUAUAUAAAUUUACCAUCAUUCAUUCAUAUGAACCGCAAUGGCUGGAGGUCAAGGUUGUGCACACCAAACUCAUCCAAGCAUGCCUUUAUGGACACUGCUUUGUUCACGGGGAAAUGUUUUCAUAUUGCGGGAUGGAUACAAUUCUUUUUGUAUGCUGGUGAAAUAAGAUUAUUGGAAUCUUUCUGCCAAUUUCCAAUUCCCUUUGGCCUUAAAUGCAACACGAGCAUUGAGAAAACGAGAUUGCUUUAGUAAACCGGUGUUUUUUUCUAUUAAUUCUAAUCCCGCCAUCGUCCCCACUAGGCAAAGCCACUAAUUGUGCUUUUAUUCACUUAAACUCGGUGGGAUACGUUGUGGUCAUCUACCAUGAUGAAUUUCCUGUAGUUACAUUACAGGUUAUGGGCGAAAAAUCACAUGUUUUUCAUUCAGACUCUCAGGUUUCUUCUCGGGGUUGAGUCUAGUAGGACAUUAGUUUACAGUCACAAUUAUAUCGUAUUUCAAGUGACUUGUUAAGCCAGGUGGUGUAUUUUCAUGCCACGUGUAAGGGUAGAAUACAGUAUCUUAAAUCUACCAUCUAAUCUCUCUGCAGGCUUCAUCAGAUGGUGUAUUUACGCUUUGUUUUUGUACAAUUAGAAUUACAUUACGUACAAUUAUAAUGUUAAUAAAGGGCAUUUCUUCUUUUUUGAUCUUAUUUACGCUGUUUAACUUGAAGAUAAAGAGCAGACUGGCUAUAUAGUUUCUCUAAAUGCUGUUUUUUUUUUCCUUUUUCACAUUGUGCAUGUUGAGUCGAGGACAUUUCUCAAAGUCAGUGGUUCUGAAAUAGUGGAGCAGGCCCCCCUGUGGGGGCGCGGUGAGGUUUUGGGGGGGGGGGUUAGUGGCAGGGCGGUCUAUACUAUAUGGAAUAUCUUCUUUAUUUACGCUUUAACAGUGCAACUCAUGCAGUGGUUUGUACAAAUGAAUACAUUAAUAAUACAAGUUCCAAGAGUAUUUCAAUUUGGGGGUGGCGUGUGAACAAAUUUGUCCCUUUGGGGGUUCUUAUCUAUUGAAGGUGAAGUGAAAGGUUGAAUUUAUAUAUCAUACAACAUACUUAAGAGAGGCUUUGGUUGUUUUUUUUCCUGCGUCACGACAGCAACAAAAUAUGAAAGCUUGGACAAAAACUACCUACUACAAGCAGAUUUGUGUGUUGCGAUGUGUGGAAGUGAAGAAUGAACGUUUACGGGGUUUUAGGGCCCAAAGUUGGGUGUGUAUUGGUGUAAAAAAAUAAUAAAAGACACCCCUUGAGCUAACGUGUUGUUGCGUGCACCAUCACACUUUACUGGUAUCAUGCGGGGCUAUUCUUUAAUCAUGGUACUGCUUGGCACACAUGAACAAAUGAAAGCCAAAUAUAUUUGCUAUGAGAGGGGCUUUGGCAACUAUGUACGUGACAAUUCCUCAGGUGCCUUACAGUGUGAUGCUGGCAAGAUGUGAAUGUGCGUGAGGAGAACACUUCCUCUUUCGCAUUACAAAGGGCUGCAAACUGGGCGCGAGUCACACCGAUGACUUUCGGAGAGGAGAUCCAACACGGGAUGCACGGCGUGCACAGCUAGUUUUAAAAGUUUCACUUGUGUAUCUUUUAUUUAUUUAUUUAUUGUUAGUAAAAAAAAAAAAAAAAUAAUCUGGACAAAGAGGAGCUGCCAAAAAGUGCAAUAGUUGUCCCACACAAAGGCUGGAAUUACACUACAAGGUUCAAGUGGCCCAAUUCUAUUGGUUUUAAGUGUUUUUAAGUUUGGCUGAACACUGCAAACACUAAUUUGAUGACAGAAUUUAUGCUGAAAAAUUCAAAUUGUCUCACAUCCGGUGGGGAGUGUUAUGGAGUGCAAACCAAAACAACUUCUCCCCCGAGUGAGUCAGAGGUUUUCUUCCUGUCACUCACACAAAGACCCGCAUGCUAAUUUUAAGACAACCAGACCAAUGAAGCAGAUUCGUCAAGCUGUCAAGCAGCUAAAUAAUAUAUUCUUUUUUAAAAUGUAUUUACUGUAAUCAAUCAGCAAUUUCAAGAUUUUUUUUUUUACUCAAACUUGAAAAAAGGGGUUGGAAACCCUGCAUUUUAUUCACGCAUUUACUCCAGCAUUUACAGCCUCGCAAAGUCACAGAUUUUUUAUAAAAAAUAUACAUACAUCUUAUUUUUACAAAAAUAGGCCAUUUUUGGGGGGACAAAAAGCACAUCUCACCCACCCUAAGUCGGUAAUAAUUUCCUAAAUCUGUGAUAAUACAAAUGAAAUGUACAACAUACAAUGUUUGCAUGUUUAUGUCUUUAUGGGUCACUGAUACUGUGUUUUCAUCAAACGCUCAGAUUUCGCACUUUGUUCGGCCGUCCUUGAAUGCAUGAUAUUCGCUGCAGGACGCAAAAGUGAAACCCAUACCGUAAAUUCCGGUGUAUAAGCCGCUAAUUUUUUCUUAAACUUUGAACCCUGCGUCUUAUUUAUGGCUAAAUUCUAAUCUCGUGACAUCUCCUUUACUUCAGAACUACUACUAAUUGUCAAAAUACUGUGCCGCUCGCGAGUCAGUGAGGAAACGGUAGCUCUUCCUCUGGCAGGAGCCUAUCAAGAGCUAUCAGUGCACUCACAACAAGCUUGUACAACCCAUUGGAAAUUGCAGGAGAUCAUUAUAUAUAUAUCACAGUAUAACAAUAUAACAGUCUGAAUCACCGUGUCAUCUCACUCACAACACUGAACUCAUCACACAGCAACUUGACACUCAAAAGGUAUACCCGGCAAAUAUACCAACAUGUACCAAUAUGAGUUUGAAAUGAAAAAAAAAAAACAACUCUUUUAAAGUUUUCCCACAAUACAUUCCAUCUGAACAACGCAUUGAUCUUGGGGGGUUGCAAUGACGUCAGUCUCCCUCUGGGCUCUGGGCUCCUCUAUUGGACAGAGGCAGCAUUGCGGCGCCAUCCAUCCAUUUUCUACACUGCUUGUCCUAAAAUGAAAUGCUUUACUCAAAUGCAUUAUGGGAAAACUUUAUUUUUUAAAACUUGUAUUGUACAUGUUUGUAUAUACCUUGAGUGUUAAGUUGCUGUGUGAUGACUUUAGUAUUCCGAGUAAGUAAUGACCUCCUACAAUUUCCCAAUGGGUUGACAAGCUCGUCGUGAGUUUUCUCAUAGAUCAUGACUGGUGCCUGUCAAAUAAAAAACUGUCUGGUCCUCACAAACUCGUGCACACCACAAUAUGCCAUUUUAUGAGGUGGACACAUGCUGCUCAUACACCGUGUGUGCUAAUCUGUUUUCUCCUCUAAAUUUAGUGGGUGCAGCUUAAACAUCGGUGGUGAGUACUUAUACAUUUUAUAAUUUAAAUGCGUUAAAUAAGUGUGACAGGCAUAUUUAGGGCUUAAACCUGUCUUGUAUUGCGAGUGAACAAUGGCGAUUGAAGAGAGAAGGGGAGAGUUCUGGAGCUGAAUCAAAUCUAAUAAUUACAACAGUCCCGUUUAUUGCAAAUGUUGAUCUGAAGUCGGAGGUUCAUGUCUACAUCAAGCUAGGAGGACUUCUGCCAUUCGCUGGUGGUCCUGGAACAUAAUCCCCAUGGAUAGCUCAGAUUUUAGUACACAAUUGGUUUAACAACAGUGGUAAAUCAGAACUAAAAGAGGUAAACACUAUUUAAGGGACACCUGCUUUUCUUCUGUUCACAAGACCUUGCAGUGUCAUCCCAGCCUAUGUUACCUCACAGUGUCUUCUUGCAAACAUGACGUAUAGGAGGCAUUGUUGGGCGGCCAUGCUUGCAUACUAUGCAGUGUGUGUGUGUGUGUGUGUGUGUGUGUGUGUGUGUGUGUGUGUGUGUGUAUGAUGAGGGGUUUAGAUGUGCGUCAGAAGCUGCUUUGAGGCACCAAUCACAUUAAGUCAUAGACGUUUGUACAGGUGCUCAGUCUAUCCACUUUAGUUCUGGAAUUUUCUUUAUUAUUGUGACAAUCACACACACACACUUACACUAGACAGAACCCUUUUUUCUUGCCCCCACUCUACUUUGAAUUUUCUCCUUGUUUACGCACUGCAAAGAUGUCCUUCUAUCGUUUUGCUCUCUCUCCUCAUAAACGCAUUGAUGACACCUUCACAGCUUUAUCUGCUCCUAAAAGCAAUAAGCUUCUUUGACAUGGUUGACACGGAGAACGCUACGAUUGUGAUGUGUGUCACACACCACUGCACUGCUUCCACUUGAACGCACCACUGGGAGAAAAAGUGCUCCUUCCACUUGGUGGCGCUUUUUUUUUUUUGUUUGUUUUUUUGUCCAUUUAAUGAUGAUUUAUGAGGCGAGAGAGCAGUCACACUGUUGUUUGCCUGUGGUGGAGAAGUGUGUCGUGUUGUGGACGUUGGUGGAAAAACUAAAUAGUAUUAAUAAUCAUUUUUAAAAAAAGAAAAAGAAAAAGGCCUUUUAUAGGUUUUGGAACAUUUGACGGCAUUUCAAGGUGGUUAUCUUAAAUCUAUUUUGAAUUGUUAGAUAUAUGGGGAUAAAUAUCAAUGCCAAAUAUUCUGUAUUUGUACAAAAUUAUACAUAUAUAAAUAUAUAAUAUAUGCCUAAUUUGAAUGGAACUAUUUUACGCGCUUGACCAUGUUUUUGUUGUUUGGAAACUCCUUUUAUGAUUUUAUAAGCUCUUCAGAAAGCAUGCAGGGUAGUGAAAAUAAUGAAUGUAUUAUUUAGUGUUUCAUUGCUGUUCAAUAUUACGGCAUUUUACAGAUCGGUUAAUGUUUAUAAGAUUCAUUUGAGAUUUCCUUUCAGGGUUUGUUUACCCCAGUAAGAUUUCUUUUUUUUAUGCAAGGUUUGGACUCAACCAUUCAUUUCUGUUCAUAUUUUUUUUCCUGCUUUGUUAUAAUGUGUUUAACAGUAUAAUUUGCCUCUUUACUGACAUCUAUCAUCUGUAAAUAAAGAUGCUAAUUAAACUUUUUAAAGAAAGCAGCAGGGCUCUGACACAUACUGAUUUUGCAUUCUGGUUUUUGUCGUUAACAGAAGUCUGGAUAUUGUAGCAUAUAACCACUUUGUCUUUAAAAGGUAUGCACGUCGCUCCAAAUUGCAUUUUUUUAAACUAAAAAACGAACACCUCCAACGGCUAUCAUACAGUAAUCCCUUGUUUAUCGCCGGUAACUGAUAGAUUGGUGAAUUUCCACAAAGGCGGAUUCCUUUAUGAAUGGAAUAUUUUCAACCUGUUUAAGAAUAAAUAUAUUCUCUUUUUAAUAUUAGAGCCAUCUAAACAUUACAUAACAGCCAUGCAGUCACAUUUACAUUUAUAUUACCCACAAUAGUAGACAUUAUCAGAGAAAAUUAGCCAUUUAAAAGUUUACCUUGUAGGGGAGCAGAUUCGAGGACGGACAGGAAGUGACGUCGGGGGUUCCGAGAAACUACAAAAUGAACA